CCCCUCGUUCUGCAGUUCCUAGGAACCUCCUGCGCUUCUAGCCUCGAGCCUCAGUCUUGUGUUCCUCCUGACAUCUGAGAAGAGGUGCAGCAGCUUGUCCUGGGCUAACUGUUUAUCCUGCACAGCCUGCCAGGCAGACGCAUGCUCUGGAUUACCACAGGACACCAGUCUCAGAGCACUUUUUGCUCUCCACGCUGACUUUUUGAUUACUGUGCUUUAAGGGGAACACAGACAAGGUUUUGGGAAAGUCUCUUGGAUAUGUGCGUGUGAUCUUUCUUUGUUUCCUGGUGAUUUAGUAACUUCAUCCCCGUUACCUGCUCGUCUCACCUGUACUGGAGGUCUCCUCACCCCAUGGAUCACACGCUGUUCGGAUGCCUGCGGAGCCCCCAUGUCCCGGGUCAGGCCCUGCAUCCUGCCUUCACCCAGUCCCCCCUGACUCUUCAUGGACGCUCAGAUCACAUCACCUACCCCGACCUGGCCUCUUCAUCCUCCUCCUCCUCCACAUCUUCACCUUCGCCCUGUGUCAUCUCCAGCUACUCGACUGAUGAUGGCCUGUUUACCCACCACCACCACCACCACCACCACCGGAGUCACCUGCCUUCCCAGCAGCAUCACCAACAACCUCAGCAUCACGCAUCUUGGCACAUCCCACAGAUGCCGUCACCUGGCGGCGGCAGUGUGCGUCACGGCCUCUGCCACCCGCAUUCCCUCUCGUCCCACGAGAAUGUUCCCACACCUCCGGACCUGGGCCACCCCGGGGCACCCAGUAUGUGCGCCAGCACCCCGACGCUGGGCAAUGACAGUACCCCCACGGGGGCCUCCUGCGUACCCUCAGACUUUGGCAGACAGACUCUGUCACCUGCCGAGGCUGAGAAGAGGAGCAACAAGAGGAAAAGUGACAGUUCAGAGUCCCAGGACGGGAAUUACAAGCCAGACGUGAGCAGCAAGCCCAGGAAGGAGCGGACAGCAUUCACCAAGGAGCAAAUCCGAGAGCUGGAGGCUGAGUUCGCCCACCACAACUACCUGACCCGGCUACGGCGCUACGAGAUCGCCGUCAACCUCGACCUCACUGAAAGACAAGUAAAGGUGUGGUUCCAGAACCGGAGGAUGAAGUGGAAACGAGUGAAAGGUGGCCAGCAGGGAGUCGCAGCUCGAGAGAAAGAGUUGGUGAAUGUCAAAAAGGGGACAUUAUUACCUUCAGAGUUCUCUGGCAUUGCAGCGCUCCACCAUUCAACGGACUCCUUAGCCAACGGGGACAGUCAUGACAGCGAUCAAAGCUCUGAGCACGCUCAUUUAUGAUGCACACACAUACACAAUGGUCCCAGCUCUGUCUGGACUGUGGGCCCAGCCUCUGCCUCACAACCAUCCGUAGGACUGCUGUCUGGUGAUUCGCCAUCGUCUUACAACGACGCUAAAUAAGUGUACAAAUACAGAGAAACAAAGUGCUGAAAAUAGAAUCACCAUGUAGUUAAAUCGAGAACAUGUCAAAGAAGAGUGAAUUAUUACUGCACAGAAGUGAUUUCUCACUUCUGAUAAAAACAUGUUGAACACCAUACUUAGUUAAACCGUUAACAUUCCAUGUGUGUUUGGAGAAGCAGGCUAAAGCUUUGUUUUGCACUGCUGAACUUACAGUUUGCACCUUAGUGUCUACUGUAAAGGAAAUUCACCAAUUAAUUGAGUUAUUAAUUCAUUUAGGUGCCAGGAAAUCUAAUUUGCCUUGAAAAUAUGAAUGAUCUGUAAAUAAAUCUCAGUUUUGUGUUAAUAGUUAUACUAAACCAAGACUGUUCAGUUCAUGAAGUAAUAAACACUGACAGCUCAGCUGACACGUUUGUGCCCGGAGAUGAUUUUUGUAAAAAGAUUUAUAACCUGAAGCAUAAAUUUAAAAUAAAAUCUUUUGGAGAGAGUUGCAAAUC